UCUACAAGAAAUCCCAACCGAGGGUGUCUAAAACCCUAAACCUUUUUUAAAAGGGGUUUAUGCUCCACCUCAAAAAUCUUUAACAUUAACACUAUACAAUUCAAAAUUUUCAUUUUUUUUUAUAAUCAAUUCAAUAAUGGGUAUCUCAAAGUUUGUAUCUUUAGCUGCUAUGACGGCUUUUGCAGCCGCAUCAACCACCACUUAUGUCCACGCCGACGCGCCGCCGUCGAACCCGGAUCCUAAACCCGAAGUUGAAGAUUCUAAAGGUGGGUUUGAUGCUGAAGCUUUGGAAAGAGGGGCUAGAGCACUUAGAGAAAUUAAUAGCAAUCCUUAUUCAAAGCAGGUAUUUGAGUUGAUGAGAAAGCAGGAGCAGGCUCGACUUACAGAAAUAGAAGCAGAGAAGGCUCAUCAGGAAGCUAUUCAAGCUCGACUUGAUAUUGAAAGACAGCGGAAACUUGCGGAAGAUCAAAGUAAUUUAGUACAGCAACAAUCACAAGCUAAGGCUCAAAUGAUGCGAUAUGAAGACGAAUUGGCUAGGAAAAGAAUGCAGACAGAUCACGAAGCCCAAAGACAACACAAUGCUGAGUUGGCAAGGAUGCAAGAGGAAUCGUUAAUACGAAAAGAACAAGCAAGACGAGCAACUGAAGAGCAGAUUCAAGCUCAACAACGGCAGACAGAGAAAGAGAGAGCCGAGAUUGAGCGUGAAACCAUCAGGGUUAAAGCCAUGGCUGAAGCUGAAGGCCGCGCCCAUGAAGCAAAACUAACCGAGGACCACAACAAGAGGAUGCUUAUAGAACGUGUAAAUGGUGAAAAGGAAAAAUGGCUUGCUGCAAUUAACGCAGCUUUUGGUCACGUUGAAGAUGGUGUCAGGAUGUUGCUGACAGAUAGAAGCAAAUUAGUAAUGACGGUUGGCGGAGUUACUGCCUUAGCUGCAGGAGUUUAUACAACCAGGGAAGGUGCCAGAGUUAUGUGGGGGUAUGUAAAUCGUAUUCUUGGACAACCGUCAUUGAUUCGAGAAUCAUCCAUGGAAAAAUUCCCAUGGUCCGGGAUAGUAACCCGUGGAACACAAAAACUUCGCAGUUUUAAUAUGGCAGCCGGAAAACCAGGUUCUGCAGAAAACAAACAUAAAUUUGGGAACAUCGUUCUCCAUCCUUCUUUGCAGAAGAGAAUAGAGCACAUUGCUCGAGCUACAGCAAACACCAAGUUUCAUCAAGCGCCAUUUCGCAACAUGAUGUUUUAUGGACCUCCGGGCACCGGCAAAACUCUGGUUGCAAGGGAAAUAGCCCGAAAGUCGGGUCUGGAUUAUGCAAUGAUGACUGGAGGAGAUGUUGCUCCACUUGGGGCCCAAGCAGUUACCAAAAUUCACGAUAUAUUUGAUUGGUCAAAAAAGUCAAAGAGGGGUUUGCUUCUAUUUAUUGAUGAGGCUGAUGCUUUCCUUUGCGAACGUAAUAGCAUACACAUGAGUGAAGCCCAAAGAAGUGCUUUAAACGCAUUGCUCUUCAGAACAGGAGACCAAUCAAGAGAUGUUGUUCUUGUCCUGGCCACCAAUAGACCUGGUGAUCUUGAUAGUGCUAUAACUGACCGUAUCGAUGAUGUCAUAGAGUUCCCCCUUCCUCAGGUUGAUGAACGGUUGAAACUAUUGAAACUCUAUCUACACAAAUAUCUUUAUGCAGAAGGUGACAGCAGCAAGGAAACCAAAUGGCAUUCGUUUUUCGCCAAGAAAACACAAAAGAUAGUGGUCAAAGAUCUUUCAGAUGACGUUAUCCGAGAGGCUGCUGAAAAGAUAGAAGGGUUUUCUGGCCGUGAAAUAGCGAAAUUAAUAGCUAGUGUUCAAGCAGCUGUGUACGGCAGGCCAGAUUGUGUUUUGGAUUCCCAGCUAUUCAUGGAGAUUGUAGAUUACAAGGUUGGGGAGCAUCAUCAAAGAAUUGAGCUAGCAAAUGCAGGUAAUAAACUAGCAUAGACAAAUAAAUCUAAUUUUUUUGUUGCACAUUAAUUAUACUCGUAUCAACUUGUUAGAUGUGUCUUCAAAAAGAAAAACUUGUUAGAUGUGGAUUUUUUUUCUAAGUUGUGAAUUUUGAGCGCCAUAUAGAUAAUAGUAUCCGAGGAGCUGAAGAAGGGAAUUCCUGUUGGUAGGAUUUGAAAAUUUGAGCAUUAGAUAGAAGGCUGUGUUUUUUUUAAUUUUUCCGGUUACACCUCUGUACUAUUAAAAUUUGAAUGUAUCCAUGAAAAUGGUGUUUCCAGUAUUCUUCAGAUUUUGUUUAUGCAAAUCUAUGUUUUGUGUGGUU